AUGUCGCAUUCCAAGGCUGCGAUACUCCGGCUUCCCGAGGAGCUGCUGGUCCACAUCACGGACGACGUCGAUAUCAUCGACCUCCAUGUUUUGUCAAUCACUUGUCGGCGCAUACGCCCAAUCGCGCAGGAAGGCCUUGUUCGACGAGCAACUCUACCACUCAAAAAUGUUUGGAAACUGGUGGACUUACUGCAAGCUUACUCAACCCUAGUCAUAUCCUUUACUCACCUUCGACUUGGUCCCAUUUCGGAGGAUGCAGCGAGAAGCAUAGUCUCCAACCACAAUGCCGCUCAGAGACCCCACAUGAUACACAGGGAUUACUCCAUGUGUGAUACUGCUUUCGAAGAAUCUAGGUGCACCUCAGCUGGAAUGAAAGUUCUGUUGACUCUUGCGCGUGGUCUAAAGUGUGUGUCUAUGGGUACAGUCUCUAGCCACAGCUUCGAUUUGCUGAAUGCUUGUAUUCUCACUGGUCCCAAUAUAUCCAGUACCGAAGUGGUCACGCGUUCGUACGAGAAGGCGCGAUCAGACCUCCAAGCACGACUCGAGGAGGUCAAUGUGGAUCCCGACCACCCUGGUGCUUUCCCGGCGACCAGCCUAGUCAUGUCCUUGCAUCUUUCAGAAUGUUCCAAGCUCAAGCGAUUGGUAACCCCAUACAGGACUUUGUUCAAAAGGCCGGGAGACAGGUUGUUGUCUGAAUUCACACCUUGCCGGCUGGUCGAACAGCGUUACUACACCGAGCCUCACCGUAUAUUGCCGCCAUCUCUUGAGUCUGUACACAUAGUCUUUGGAACGGUCUCUCCCGAUGUGCGAUGGCUCGACAGGCUGAUACUCAAUGAAGUUGGCUUUCCGAAACUGCGCGAAGUUCAGCUGCUAUUCAAGCAGAACCUUCUGUCAGCUGCCUGGAGCUUGUGUUGUUACCCUGACUCUAGGCUUCUGGCCACGCUUCGAGGAUGGCAGGCAUCGCGCGUUGAUCUGACCACAAGAUUCCGCAUCGCGAGGUUCACUGACGUAGCAAUAAUGGAAACCAAGAGGGAUACACCAGCGCCUUACAUUGCCGGCGAUAUAAUCCCUGCAGUCGAGAAGUGCCUCGCGACGACACUUGAUCAACUAAAGGAUGAACCCGAGAUGUUAGCAGCACUGGGCUAUGUAGCAGGGUUUACCUAA